AGACAAGAAAGAGAAGAACAAGGCGAAGGAGAAGAAGGAAGAGUGGGAUUGCAUUUUCGGGGACGGUUAGCGAGACGCAAAGGAGCCAAGAACCGAAGAACCGAAGAACCGAAGAACCGAUACCAGUGCGGAAGUUGAGUUUCUGCGCCAGGCGAUUGGGUUGUUAUGCAAUCGGAGAGCCCAGCAGGCGCCACAGGAAGCAAAUGGACGGACGAUCCGGUGUACGGUCUGAGAAGGAUGACCCUAAGCGAUGAGGCCGAGGGCAACCCGACGCUGUCGGACGACCAGCUGUAUAUCCUGCGCUCAAUAGCCUUGGCCGCUGCGAGCAUGUCAAUGGUGAGCGGAUUGUUGGUUGGGUUUUGGUUUAUUCGAAUGAAGAGGAGUUUCCGACAUCACCUCAUCAUGUUGAUGAUAUUCUCGGACUUUUACAAAGCGAGCUGGCAAUUGAUAUACCCGGCAGUCGUCUUCACCAAAGGCGCCGUUUCGAGCGAAUCUCGCUUCUGCCAGACAGCCGGAUUCAUGAUGUCGAUGGGGAUUGAGGCAUCGGAUUUCGCCGUCCUCGCCAUUGCUGUCCAUAGCGCUCUCUACAUCUUCAGACCUGGGCUGGGAAGGGUUGGGGAAGGUGGUCUCUUCAGAUAUCGAUACUAUGUUUACACGGCCUGGUUCGCCUUCUCGGUGAUGAUGCCGUCUCUGGCAUUCGUGAACAAAGCCCCUGCAUACAGUGCCCAAGGGACCUUUUGCUACCUACCCGUUCGGCCGUUCUGGUUUCGAUUGGCUCUAGCAUGGAUACCGCGAUAUCUGAUUCUCCUGACUAUCCUCAUACUCUACGCGGCGAUAUACGUCUACGUGCGCAUGAAGUUCAUGACGUUUCGGACUAGCGUAGGGGCUUCCACACUUGACGUGGAGACUGUUGAUUUGGCUCCUCCGGAACAGCCCAAGGAGCCGCCACGGCUUCCCUCGCUCGAUUCCCACGGCCUGAUCCCGCCGCCCACGGACAGCCAGCCAACGCCGCCGAACGGGAUCGAGCAGCCGUUUGCAAAAGCCCUCCUCGCGCCGUUCCACGACAGGACCAACCUGUCGUCGUCGUCGGACUCUCGCAGCUGCGACAGUAGGAGGGGAUCGUUCCCAACACUUUUCCCACACGGAAUGAUGAUACCGCCGAGCUCGGUCGAAGACCGUACGAGCACCGACAAGAGACGACAGAUCAACGACACUGCCAACGAAGAAGCUCGGCGGAGACGAAUCGCCAUCAGCCGGCAGUUGAGGCUACUCUUCAUCUAUCCGUUGGUGUACGCGCUCAUGUGGGUGCCACCACUCAUCAGUCACGCCUUGCAGUUUACGGAUCGAUUCGUACAACACCCUAGUUUCCCACUGCACUGCGUGGUUGCUUUCACCCUACCAUUCCAGUGUUUUGUGGACUGCUGGCUGUUUACCAUUCGCGAGAAGCCGUGGCGAUACAUACCGGAAACGCAUUAUGGAUUCGGCCUGCGCAAGUGCAAGGGGAAGAGCGCAAAGAUUGGGGCGGAGGAGGGUGGGGAUCUGGCUUGGAGGAACAGGAAACACAUGAGCUUUGAGGCCAGGAAGGCGUACGAACGACGAGACGCCGAGACGCACGAGGCGGCCGAAGAAUGGUACAAGAGGGGGGGUGACAGGAGGGAACGGGAACGGGAACGGGAACGGGAACGGCCGGAACGACGUCCGAGGGAGAGUUGGUGGGAUCUCGAGCAACGACGGGCCGAGGAAGUCGAUCUCGAGGACGAGGAGGAAGAGGAGGAAGAGGAUGAGGACGAGAUUAUGGGAGUGGGGCCGCAGAUCCGAUAUGACGAAUUCGACGAACUAUCGAGCAUAGAAAAGAACGGCGGUGGCGGCGGCGGUGGGAAUCCAUCGUCAUCAGGCGGUGGAUAAUCUUCCAUUUUUGUAAUUUGCUUGAGGUUGGGUGGGGAUCAGGUGUCUUGGUUUUUUUUGGAGGGAGUUUUUCUGGAGUUCGGGUGGGCUUUUGUUUUCAUUUUUUAUUUCAUUGAUUUCAUGCAAGCGGUUUUCUUUUCUGCACAUAAUUCUCUAUACCUUUCUCAUUCAAG